CCGCGCGCCGGAGCACCCGGUUGGCCAGGCCCGAGUGGGCCCGAAGCGGACGUGAGCACAGUCGGACCAAGAUGGCGGUGCAGGUGGUGCAGGCGGUGCAGGCGGUUCAUCUCGAGUCGGAUGCUUUCCUUGUCUGUCUCAACCACGCUCUGAGCACAGAGAAGGAGGAGGUGAUGGGGCUGUGUAUAGGGGAGUUGAAUGAUGACACAAGGAGUGACCCCAAAUUUACAUAUACUGGAACUGAAAUGCGCACAGUUGCUGAAAAGGUCGACAGCGUCAGAAUUGUUCAUAUUCAUUCUGUCAUCAUCUUGCGACGUUCUGAUAAGAGGAAGGACCGAGUGGAAAUUUCUCCAGAGCAGCUGUCAGCGGCCUCAACAGAGGCAGAGAGGUUGGCUGAACUGACAGGCCGCCCCAUGAGGGUUGUGGGCUGGUAUCAUUCCCACCCACAUAUAACUGUUUGGCCUUCACAUGUUGAUGUCCGCACGCAAGCCAUGUACCAGAUGAUGGAUCAAGGCUUUGUAGGACUUAUAUUUUCCUGUUUCAUAGAAGAUAAAAACACAAAGACUGGACGGGUACUCUACACUUGCUUUCAAUCCAUACAGGCCCAAAAGAGCUCAGAGUCCCCUCAUGGUCCACGAGACUUCUGGAGCUCCAGCCAGCACAUCUCCAUUGAGGGCCAGAAGGAAGAGGAAAGGUAUGAGAGAAUUGAAAUCCCAAUUCACAUUGUACCUCAUGUAACCAUUGGAAAAGUGUGCCUUGAAUCAGCAGUCGAGCUACCCAAAAUCUUGUGCCAAGAGGAGCAGGAUGCAUACAGGCGGAUCCACAGCCUUACGCAUCUGGACUCGGUAACCAAGAUUCAUAAUGGCUCAGUGUUUACCAAGAACCUGUGCAGUCAGAUGUCAGCAGUUAGCGGGCCUCUACUACAGUGGUUGGAGGACAGACUGGAGCAAAACCAGCAGCAUCUGCAGGAGUUGCAACAGGAAAAGGAAGAGCUUUUGCAAGAACUUUCUUCUCUAGAAUAAAGCAGGAGACAAAAUGGGGAAAGAUGAAAAUAUCCAGAUGUAAAAUUAAUGAAGCUAAAUUGAUUUUGAAGAAGAAAAAUUUGGAGGACUCACAUUACCUAACUUCAAAUAAAGCUACAGUAAUCAAUACAGUAUGGUAUAUGCCCAAGUGAUUUUGACAAACGUACAAAAACAAUUUAAUAAGGGAAGGAUAGUCUUUUCAACAAAUGAUGCUGGAGCAAUUGGCAAAAAAAAAAAAAGAACUUUGACCUAAACUGUACACCUUAUACAAAAAUUAACUUGAAAUGUAUCAUGAACUUAGAUGUAAAUGUAAAUCUAUAAAACUUUUAGAAAAAAAAAUCAUAGAAAAAUCUUCAGGAUCUUGGGCUGUACAACAGGUUCUUGGCCUUCACCCCAAAAGCACAAUCGUAAAAGGAAAGUGUUGAUAUUUUGGACUUCAUGAAAAUGAAAACCUUUUGCUCUGCAAAAAAUUUAAGAGGAGGAAAUUGUUGAGAGAAAUUAUUUGCAAACCAUUUAUCUAUAUCAAUCUAGAAUGUAUGAAGUCAAGAGUAAAACUACAAACAAUCCAAUUAGAAAAUGAACAGAAGACAUGAAUAGACAUAUCACUGAAGAAGACUUAUGAUGGCAAGUAAGCACAUGAAAAGAUGUUGAACUUCAUUAGUCAUCGGGGAAUGCAAAUUAAAACCACAAUGAAUUCUGACUAAAGAAAAAAUAGUGAAAAUACCAGAUACUGUUGAACAUACAAAGUGGAUCUCUCACACAUUACUGACAGGAAUAUAAAAUGGUAAGCCAUUCUGAAAGAGAGUUUGGAAAUUUCUAAUAAAGUUAAAGAUACAUGUAUUUUAUUACCCAGCAACUGUACUCCUGGACAUUUAUCCCAAAGAAAUGAAAAUCUAUGUUAGCACAAAAACUUGUGUAUAGCCAUUCUUAGCAGCUUUGUUUAUAAUAGCCAAAAACUGGAAACAACCCAGAUGUCGUGCAAUUGAGUGAGUGGUUAAACCAACCAUCCACACCGUGGAAUACUACUCUGCAAAGAAAAGGAACAGUCUAUUGAUACACACAACUUGGAUGGACCUCAAGGUUAUUGUGAUGAAUGAAAAAGAGCCAGUCUCAAAAGGUCACAUCCUGUAUGACUGCAUUUGUGUAACAUUCUUAAAAUGACAAAAUUAUAGGAAGGAAGAAUAGAUGAAUGUUGCCAGGGAUAGGGACUGGAGGCAGUAUGGGAUAUGGAUGACUAUAAGGGGAUAAUACAAAGAGUUCCUUUGUGCUGAUGGAACAGUUUUGUAUCUUGAUUGUGGUAUCAAUUACAUGAACCUAGAUCUGUGCUGCAACUGCAUAGGCCUACACACCCCCAAAUGAAUGCAUGUAAAAUCUGGUGAAACCAAAUAAGGUCUGUAGUCUAGUUAGCAGUACUGUACCAUUGUCAACAUGUUGUUUUGAACUUGUACUAUAAUUAUGUGAAAGAUCUUACCAUGGGGAAACUGGGUGAAGGAUACAUGGGACUCACUGUACUAUUUUUGCAACUUCCUUCAAGUCUAUAAUUACUGCAAAAUAAAAUGUUGUAAGUAUUAAAUAAGGAACUAGCAGAUAUGGUACUUACUUUGUGAAAUAAGAAGAGUGAUUAAAAAGAAACUCUGAGGGGAAUAAAAUGAUUUGAAUAUUUUUACAGGCCAACCUUCAGCACAUGUCCCUUCCAAGCUAUUUACAUUGGUAGACUUAGGGCAAUUUGAAAGUCUUUUUCUAACCUGAAAAUCUGAGCUGUAAUUUGUAAAAUAGGCAUGUGGCAGAGAUCUAGUUAAAGUUGGGUUGUGCUCUCAGGGUGAGGAGGCUGCCAGCAAUCAGUUACAUUAAACAAAUAAGUAAACUGAGCAAAAAAUAUAUUGAGUAAAGUGCAAGCUAGGUUUCUCAGUGUCAGAGAAAUGACUUACAAACAUGAAAAGGGGGGAGGAUAAAAUGAACAUGGUGUUGGAUUGAAAUUGGAAGUAUUAAUAUGAACUUUUUUCAAAAAAGAUAUAGGGGUGUGUGUAUGCGCAUGUGCACGUGUACAUACAUACAUUUCCUCCCUCUGUCCACUAAGUCUAGAAGGAGUCAUACUCUGGUAGCUAUAAGCACAUCUAGCACCCAGAUAUUGGUUCUCAAAUACUAUCCUUCACUAAAGGUAACCAGGACCCCCCCUGGGAGAAAUGGCUGGUUCCAGAGCUGGGGCACAGAAAGUAUGAGAUAAACCAGACCAUCUUUUUGAGCCAUAAAGUAAGGAAAUGUCCAGUCUGAAUGGGUUCCCAUUGGCCAAAUCUGGGACAAUUUGUGCAUCAAAAUCAGAGUAAAGGAUUAUAAUCCUUUGAAUAAUAUAAGAAUCUGAGUUCACACUGAUAAAAACAGAUGGAGGAAGAAAGAAAAACUCUCACUUAAGUAGAAAACUAACUAGUAAAUGUCAAAUGAAUGAUGAAAUUAGAAAGUCACCCUUGGGUGAACAUCAUAGUGGCUGAUUCAGGUGGGAGUCAUCCAUGGAUGACUGAUUCCAUGUGCAACAGAAUAUGGAGAAGUUCAAGUCUAAAGGUACUUGUAAAAAUUGUGUACUUGUAGAGAUUGUGGUGGAAGCCAAUUUGUGGACUCAGUGAAUAGCCAGAAUAACCUUGAAAAACAAACACACUUCUUGAUUUCAAAAUGUAUACAAAGCAAUGGUAAUCCAGACAGUUCAGUACUGUCACAAGGAUAGAUAUAUAAAUCAUUGGGAUAGAAUUGAGAGCCCAGAGAUGUACCUAUAUAUCUAUGGUCAAUUUAUUAUCAACAAGGGUGCUGAGACUACUGAAUGGGGAAAGAAUCUUUUCAACAACUGGUGAUUGGACCACUGUAUAUCCACAUGCAAUAGAAUGAAGCUGGACCUCCACCCUACACCAUAUUCAAAUAUUUAACUCAAAAUGUAUCAAAGACCUAAAUGUAAGAGCUAAAAAAUAAAAACCUUAGAAGAAAA